CCCCCACCCUGAGAUUUUCCAUAAACCCGCUUUUCAUUUACUCCGCAUGGCAGAUGAUUCAGAAAAAAAGUGCCUCCGAAUAAGCCUUCUUGGCGACACCGUAUUCCGUGUUACAAAUAGGCAGCAAUGCAGAGUCUGUAACGCAGCCUAAAGUUUUUUAUUUAUUUUUAUUUAUUUAUUUAUUUUGUCACAACAAUAUAUGUAGGUAUCAUACAAAAAGAUUAUAUAGUAUAUAAACAUUUAUAUGAGUAAAUAUAAGGAGGUAUAAGCAUAUAUAUAUAUAUAGGAAGAAGAAAAGAAAAACAAUAGGACAGGAACGAUGGUUACUGUUUUCCGAAUAGACUAUCCAAACCAGAAAUUGGAAUUCUUAUCAAAAUGUCUUCUGAUUCAUCUUCAUCUGCCCCAGCAAAAAACACUUCUUCUGUUGCAUUUGAUAUCCACAAUAUCUCCUGUCUACUAACUAGAAGAUCACAGGGAUUUUAUAACAAAGAUGCUGGAACUGUUUAUAGGAAAAACAUGAGUCUCUUGAGGAAGCUAAUAUGCCAGGAGACAACAACAUUCAAGAACGUUUGGACUAUACAGUCUUCAUCUCCAAUUUCUUAUCACAGUGGAAAAAUUUAUCUUGACAAUUACCGGCGUUGUGUGAGCUGCAUUACACCAGAGCCAAGAACGAUUUAUCAAAUGCCAGGAUGGCCUACCUCAGAAAAAAUAGAAGAUGCUUUAUUAUUGGAAUGCCCAGUGGGGGAAGUGUUGGCCAAGCCUUCGGACUACAAGCCUUCCUGGGCAGCUGUGACUGCUCACAACUGGCUUUUCCGCCUGUCUGCAAAUUCAGGAGAGAUACUUGAAAAGGUGUACCUUGCUUCCCACUGCAAAUUCAGGUACUUAAGUUGGGACAUGCCUCAAGAGAUCAUGGCAAUAAAGUCAACUCAGCUAAAACUCCCAGCAGCUGCCCGACAGACAGGCAUCCUGCAGUCUGUACUGUACUUUCUUGCUAUAUUCAGAGUUUGGCCACUUUCAUUUGUGGGCAUGCUGGAGCUUGACAAAAAGAUCUUUGGAAAUAGCAUGGCAGAUGUUUCAGUAUCUCAUGAAAUGCUGAUUGUAACACACAGCACAGGUCAUGUCAGAUUGUAUAGCUUCCAGGCAAUCUCUGAACGGUUCAUGGAACACCCGGUGGAUUUGGGACAGGAAUACAGCUGGAAUGGCAAAGUUGGGAUUGUGGGAAAAUACCCUUUUGGCAUUCCGUGUAACAUUAAAAUAACAGACACUCCAGAUCUCCUUUUUGAAGUCUCAUCCCUCGAGAGCGCAUUUCAAAUUGGAGGAUAUCCUUGGCAUUAUAUCAUUACACCUAACAAGAAGAGUCAAGAAGGAAUCUUCCAUGUUUGUUCUUUAAAAGACCAUACUUUGGCAAAGAAUGGCAUACAGGAUAUGAAAUGUUGUUCACUGGAACCUGACAGAAUAUCUUUCCACCCUGACAGUUCAGGAAGGAUGCUACACGUCGGUCCAAAUUUAAUUAAAGUUCUGAAGUUGAAGGAAUCUGAAAGUGCCAAGCAGCAAAAAGUCACGGAAGAUUUUAUCAUAGAAGCCAACAGGGAAAAUAACGUGAACAACUCUGUAACAGUAACAGCAUCUGGCCGAAUAGUGAAGAAGCGUUUUAAAUUAUUGGAUGAUGAUCCUGAGCAAGAGACCUUCAAAAUUGUCGACUAUGAAGAUGAACUAAACUUGCUAUACGUUGUGGCUGUUACUCAGAUAGGAGUUGAUGGGGCAGCUCAUCUUGAUUUCCAUUGUAAUGAGCAGGGUAUUCAGUUGAAGAGUUUUCCUUUUGUGGAGUCCUGGGAUGUGACAUACAACCAUGAAGUUCACUUUGAUAGACAUAUAGUGCUGCACAUACAACAAAAACCCCACAGGAUGUUCAGCUGUCACAUAUACCAGAUGACCUGCAAUAGUGGAAAAGAUGACAAUAUACAGAAAGGAAAAAGAAAAGGAUGUGUUUGGUCGAAAACUGGGGGGAGAUACUGAGUAUUUUUAGAUUUCACCUUGAUUUGGAGACUUUGUUAUGGACAGUAUCUGAAGACAUGCAAGUCUCUUUUUAUGCAAUGUAAUAGUAAAAACUAUUCUUCUUCUUUGUAUAAAUGUAAUUCUUUUUUUAACUGCUUCUCAGCCUUUGGGCUAAGAUCAAAUGUACUGUAGUAUAAAUUAUUUUAAAUAUUUAUUUUAAAAAACAUUCAAGUAGCAAAAUUGUAAAUUGCCACAGAUGUGUAUAUAUUUUUUCCCCUAAAAUAUAGCUGUUUUGUAUUAAUAUUGCUGGGAGAACUGUGCAGAAAAGUCAAACUACAUUUUUGCUGUCAUUAAAAAAUCGGAAUUUAAAUUGUGUUUAAAUUCUACUCUAUAUGGAGCAAAGAAUACUCUUCAGUUCGGUAGGGGCUUAAUCGUGGUUACCUAUGCCCUGUUACAGCUAGACAUUGUAUAAACGCUAACUGACAGGGUUGCACUUCUUCUAACAGGCAGAGAAGGAGCUGACCUUAGUUCUUCUGUCAGCAGAUAAACUAAUCACUUGCCAGUCAUCUGAAGAAGAUUGUCAAAUGGGAUUCUCUUUAGAAGUAAUACUGUGUGCAGCAGUCCACUACUAAAUGCCUAGGGGUGUAUUACUAUUUUACAGUUAUGCAGAAAUAGAUUAAGAGUUAAGAAUAGGCUGCUCAUUCUCCUGCUGCAUGGUUUUCCCAAUAUUUCCCAACAGGGAUCCUGUUUUGGGAAUUUCCGGGUUUUCUUUCUUUUUAAAAGAAAAAAAGAAUCAUUCCUGAAAGAUGUUCCUGAGAAUUAAUUGUGUUUGAUUUCCUCCCUACUGUCAGUGUUUUAUUGAAAGAUGUUCAUUUAUGUUAGAACAUGUAAAACAUUCUCACUUAUUCAUUUUAAUAUCCUGGCAUUCUGGUGCUGAAAAUAAAUAUUAAUAGUCAUA